AUGAAAUUAGCAUCGGAUGGUGGGCUUCACCGGAUUAGAGAGUUGAGUGACCAGAUCACGGAAGGCAUCACACCACAACAAGAAAAGGUAGUCUUUCAGACAGGAUUGCUCCCCCUCUUCAGGAUAUUGUCACACGAAGGCGUGGUGGUGUCCGCCAUCCUCGAGCAUUCACUAGGCAUCCUUCACAACUUCCUCUACGGCCCGGGCGGUCACCGAGCGAUCGCAGUUUUCAGACUCGCCGCCAACGUCUUGGUCUCCGAGUGCAAAGAUUUCUCCGAUGACAAGGCCACCGCUACCGCUAUACAGCUCGAAGCGACUCUGGCGGUACUCUCAAGGGUGGUGGACUUGAACGGGGCGGCCUUGCUGAACACGGAGCUUCACGAAGCUGUCGGGGCUUUUGAUGGGAUAUUUGAAGACUUAGAUGACGAUCUUUCCGCUCGGCUUACGUUCGCACGGAGAUAUCUUGCCCGCACACAGAAGCGUCUUGGUUUGGCCAGUACUAUUCCGGAGGCCAAAUCUGUAUCGAAACCCGCAGUUCCGCAGGCCGCCUUCAUCAUUCACCAGGAUCUUCCUGGAAGUCUGUCUCGCGAUGGUGCCCGUCAUGACAACGACUCGGAAAAUAUCGGCGACAUCCAGAUCAUGCCGACGACGCAAGAAAUCUUAUCAUCAAGACGGGAGUAUCGGCCUGUCAGCGACCCUGCACAAUGGCAUCUACAGGGUUCUGAAGGGGUCUUCGAUCGGCAAUUUCGCCUUCUGCGUGAAGACACUGUUGGCCAACUCAGAGAUGCAAUCCGCAUCGAGCUCGACGGACUGCAGAAUCCUGAGCACCAUGCGGCUGCUGGCCGAGGGCGCCAACAAGGGGCCCGAACAUACACGUAUCCGGGGGUGAUGGUCGAUGGCAUCAAAGUUGACCGAUGGCGCGGCUUCGAGUUCGAGGUGCAUUUCGCACAGCCUGGCCGUUUGCGGAAGAUGACCAUCAAGCAGCGCGAGGAGUGGUGGGAGUCGUCCAAGCGAUUGCAGGCAGAUGCACUUGUUUGCUUGCUGAACUUAGACGGGACGGCUGCGUUCUGCUCAGUCUCUGACACAAGGCCGAAAGACCCUAAAAAAAAGCAACGGCCUUCAACCACUCCAAACCCUGCCGAAGAGCGGACUCUGUUUUCCGAUGCCAAGUUCGCGUUUGCUACUCUGCGCCUCGUGAGCACUGAGGGGAAGGACGUGGAAAGCAUUUUGGAUCGAGUCGGCAGCACCGGCAAACCAUGGCAGGCCUCUUUGGUAGAGUUCCCUGGCGUCGUAUUACCAUCUUUCCAACCGACACUGCUAGCCUUACAGCAUCUUUCCGCUUCCGGAGAUUUACCAUUCAGGGACUUGAUUGCCCCAAUCGACCCGAACAUGGCGGAAGUCGCUGGGAUGGGCCCUCCGACCUACGCCGCGUCGCCAGGUUUUCACUUUAGGCUCCGUUCCAUCAUGGGCGGCCAGAAUCUCCAGCUUCCGGUCCGCGGCGAAUUUGAUAUUAAGAAACUCCAAGAAGGCUCAAUACUUGACGACGCUCAGACUGUCGCCUUAGUUGAAUCACUUUCACGCAGCCUUGCCCUUAUCCAAGGGCCGCCUGGUACUGGCAAGAGUUAUACGGGUGUCGCUCUCAUCAAAGUCCUCCUCGACAACAAAGUCAAGGCUAACUUGGGGCCUAUCAUUUGCGUGUGCUACACGAACCAUGCACUGGAUCAGCUCCUGGAACACCUUGUUCGUGGCGGAAUUUCACAGAUUGUACGCAUCGGUUCCAGAUCCAAGUCCGAAAUCUUGCAGCCAUUGAACUUGCGCGUUGUCGCCAAUCGGAUAGACCCUACCGAUUUGGAGAGGCGACAGAAGGGCAGGCUACACCACAAGCUCAACGGAGACCUCGAGCAAAUGGAGCAGCUUCUCAUAGCGCACGACAAAGCGGAUUCGUGUGUUAGCCUCAAGGCCUACCUUAAAGACUAUCACCCAACCCACUGCGCGGCGCUUUUUGGAGUCGACGAAGAAGGGUGGAAGACGGUGCACCACAAGCCAGAGAUGAUCAUCGCAGACUGGCUCGACAACCAUCGGGAGCCGCAGCCAGCGCGUGAGGAUCGCCCGAUAUCCGCGCUGCAAUCAGCUGACCUGAACUGUAUGACACAUAACGAGCGCGCAACGCUACAUCGGUAUUGGGUGAGGAUGAACAGAGCACAAGCGCAAAGGGAAUUCCAAGCCGUUCUCGCAUCGUUCGAAGAAGGGAAGAAGCAGUACGACCAAGUCAAACAGGAGACUGAUCUACGAUGUCUGCAAAAAGCGAAUGUCAUUGGCAUCACCACCACUGGCCUGGCAAGAAAUCUGGACUUGCUCCGACGCGUCCACGCUAAGGCGCUAUUAUGUGAGGAAGCUGGCGAGGUCCUCGAGGCUCAUAUUCUGACAGCGCUUCUACCUUCGGUAGAGCAUGCCAUCCUUAUCGGUGAUCAUCUACAGCUCCGGCCUCAGAUCCAGAACUACGAGCUGUCAUCAGAGAACGCGGGUGGGCGGAAAUACUCCCUUGAUGUCUCCCUGUUCGAAAGGCUAGUGCAGCCAGAUGAUGCUUCAAGUGUCCGCAUCCCAUUCAGCGUUUUGGAGAUACAACGCCGCAUGCAUCCGUCAAUCGCUCAGCUGGUUCGCGACACGCUAUACCCAAAUCUGCUGGACUCUCCAUCGGUUGCGCAAUACCCACCGGUCGCUGGCAUGAGAAGACGACUCUUUUGGUUUGAUCACUCUGAGCCGGAAGCCAAUGCCGACCAGCAACAGGCCGUGACAACUUCGCACUCGAACAAUUACGAGGUUGAAAUGACGGCAUCGUUGGUGUCUUAUCUGGUCCGGCAAGGUGUCUACCAAGCGAACGACAUCGCUGUAUUGACGCCGUAUCUGGGGCAGCUGCAGAAGCUUCGCAAGCGCUUGAGCAGCUCAUAUGAGCUCGUGCUGAAUGACCGCGACCUUGAUGAACUGCACAAGGCAGGUCUGGAGAGUCCAGCGGAGGCUGACGAACCGAAGAUCCCCGGUGUACCGAAACCUGAACAACAUGACGUGGGGGUCGGCAAAAUCACGCUACUCAUAGCACUCAAAGUCGCGACUAUCGACAACUUUCAAGGAGAGGAGGCAAAGGUCGUGGUCAUCUCUUUGGUGAGGAGCAACAACAAGAACAACUGCGGCUUCCUUCGAACUUCGAACCGGAUCAAUGUGGCUUUAUCGCGAGCUCAACACGGGAUGUAUAUUAUUGGCAAUUCCCACACAUCGGCUCACAUCCCAAUGUGGGAAACUGUCAUGACCAUCUUGAAGAACGCUGGGAACUAUGGCCCCUCCGUAUGCGGUGAACGGUGUCCGGAACCCGAGUUCUGCCAAAUCUGCGGCUCAGAUCACGUCAAAGACACCGAAGUAGACUUCAUCAUGGGCGAAGCAUAUCGCGAGAUUGAUCUCGAAGAUAACCCCUGUAUCUUUCCGCAGUGCGGCCAUUUCCUGACAAUCGAGUCGAUGGAUGGCCUCAUGGACAUGAAGAAGCACUACGAGUUCUCGCCGGAAGGAGUUAUAGUUUCCGCUAAGCAAUCUUCCGAGCCGUUUUCUAUGGAUGAGAUCAAGACUUGCGCAACGUGUCGGGCAUCUCUCCGGAAUCUUUCCCGCUACGGACGCAUCGUUCGGCGUGCUCUUCUUGAUGAGGCUACCAAGGAGUUCAUCCUCUGGGCAAAUGGAAGAUACGUGCGCCUGGCCGAGACUCUGCAGGAGCUACAGCAUCAGCUCAGUGAAUCAAUGGACACUUUCAAAGAGGUGAAUACGACCUCUGCAGCGGAUGCAGUUCAUGUCAAGGGCAACCGAGCUCAGCAGCUGCUCAAGAUCAGGCAGCUGGACACCGCGAGUAGGUACAAGGCCAUCGCCACACUACGCGGAGACAUCGCAGGAUUCCUGAGCAAAGUAAAGAAAGAGGAACAGCCGUUCCAGAAGGUCUGGGAGAUCGUCCAGAACGCGCGCCGGCGUCACGGCACUACCAAAGAGUUCGGCUUUGACCGCGGCAUUCUCCAGACCCGAGGCUUCAUUCUCGCCAGUGCCCUCAUGCUACGAUGCGAUCUGGCCAUCAUGUGCGAUUUUCUCGCCGUCUGGCAGUCGAAGCGGACAUCUGCGUCCCCUAUAGCUGGCUCCUUCCAGCUUGAUCUUUCGCAAAGCCGUCAGGACUGCCUAGCACUGAUAGACCUCGCAGCCAUUCAACCCAUAGCGCAAGUGGAAGGACACAUCUUCUUUGCGCAGUACGCCAUCCUCGAGCGCUCCACAGUCAACAUGGAGCUAGCCACUUCGCUGAAGGACGAAGCGGAUACCCAUCUGAAGAUUGCACGAACCCUUUGCGCGGAGCAUCCAAGCCAAACCCGUGGCAUGCUUGAGGAGAUUGAAGGCGUAGAGAAGAUGCUCAGACAUUCCACCUUCUUCAGCAUGGUCACCAGUGAGGAGCGCCGCGCUGUCCUGACGGCUAUGGCUACAGAGUUCCGCGGCACCGGACAUUGGUACUUCUGUGAAAAUCGCCAUCCGUUCACAGUCGGGGAGUGCGGUAUGCCGAUGGAAAUGGCGAGGUGUCCGCAAUGCAAUGCGCAGGUUGGUGGGCGGGAUCAUGAGGCUGUUGAGGGGGUGCGGCGUGCUGAUGAAUUGGAGGCGGAACUGGCUGCGAUGAGGUUGGGUGAUUGA